AUGCCUUCUACACUUGCAGAUGUGCCCGCGUACAAAGCCUAUCUCGCCCAUGUGCCUGCUGGAACCCUGCCGCUACCUCUGAUCAAGGAGGGAGAGCAUGAGGAGACUGUCAUUCAUGUCGAUGAGCUGUUCUGUCGUGUGGAAGACUGUAUUCGUGGAAAAAAAGCAUUUCCUGGGACCAAUGACCUGCGUUACCAUGUGAAACACUACCAUAACGUUAAUGUUGCGAGUCCUGGAACUGGACGGCCCAAACCAGAGGCAGUGAAGGUAGCAGUUAAGUUCUUCAAGAAUAUUAUUGAAGGCCCUCCUGAGCCUGUCCCCAGCCCUUCAGAGUCCACUCAUCCCGAGCCCGCCAGGGCCACCACACCCCCUGGUCAUGCCAAGCCGCCAUUCCCUCUCACGAAGAAGGGCACUGUAUCAUGUGCUGCUAUGCAACGUUGGUGCAGGGACAAUGGCCAUGCUGUUCCAUGUGUUAGUUGUGCAGCAAAGGGAUUGAGAGCAAAGGGUAAGUAAAAAAGUUUUUUGAAAGCUUGAUAUAUGCUUAUUAAGUGCUUAGGCUGCUGC